AUGUUCGGUCUUGGUUCAGCGUUUUACCUUAUCCUUUUCAUCACAAACGCACUAGCUGUGUUGUCAGAAGAACGCUUCUUGGCCCGAGUCGGGUGGUCAUCACACGCGCUAGCCAACCAAGCGCAUUCGUUCGACCAAGGCUUUCAGUCCAACCCAUACUCGGCAUCACAGGACAACGUCACGAUCAAGGUGAGGCUGAUCAAUCUCAUCUCUGCCGUCAGGACACUUAUGCGAAUUCCAUUGGUGGUAAUCAACAUCGUUGUCGUCGUCUACCUCAUUGUUCUCGGCUAA